ACGAGCCCUCGAAAGAGCAGCGGCACAAAUGCUAACGACGUGUCUGUUAUAUUUAAUUAGCCCUCUUUUUUCCUUCCUCCCUUUCAAUCGAAUUUUACAGAGAAAGUGUGAAGUGAAAUGGCGAGCUCAGUGGAGAAGGAGGAGGUUGUGUCCUUGGAACUUCCAGCUCCUUCUGGUUGGGUUAAGAAGUUUCUGCCCAAGCAAAGUGGAACUCCUAAGAAAAAUGAGAUCGUAUUUACAGCUCCGACAGGAGAGGAGAUCACCAGCAAAAGACAGUUGGAACAGUACCUGAAAGCACACCCUGGUGGUCCUGCAGUAUCAGAAUUUGAUUGGGGCACUGGUGAGACACCAAGGCGGUCAGCAAGGAUUAGUGAGAAGGCAAAAGCAACUCCGCCACCAGAAGGUGAGCCCCCAAAAAAGCGAAGCAGAAAAUCAACUUCAGCGAAGAAGGAGGACAAAGAAAAGGAAGCUGCUCCUGAAGGAGCCAAGGAAACGAAAAGUAGUGAUGUGCAAGAUGCUGAAAAAGCUGAGAAAGAUGCAGAUACUGAGAUGGAAAAGGUUGAUGUGAAGGAAAACCAAGAUGUGGAAAAAACACCAGCUCCUUCCGAAGAAGCCAAAGUUCAACAAGAAGCUAACGUACCUGGCGAUGCUCUGGCUCUGGGAGAUUCAACAGCAUCCAUUGAUGGGAAGGAAGUUGAAGGGGAAAAAGAAGAAAAGGUUGAGCAACCACCAGUUGGGGUAGGGAAAGAUGAAGUGACUGGGUAUCAGGGCAAAGCCGGUAUUGCUAUUGCAGAUGGGGACAAACAUGAAGGAGAAGUAGAGGAAAAAGGGAACGAUGAGGAACAUAAUAGUUCAGGUGUUCAUAAAGCAGGCAAGAAGGUCGAAGAGAAUGGCAGCCCCGGCAACUAGGCUGCUAAGGUCGAUCCUUGACGAUUCGUUUAAAACCCGUUUCUCUUCCGUCAUUCUGACCUUGCACAUUUCUGAGAAAACUCAGUUUCUGUGUUGUUAGUUUUAGCUCUCUGAUUGUCCAUUGAAGUAUCCGUCUAUAGAAUCGGUAGAUUAGGCCUAUAAAAUGUACCUUCCUUUUGUUGUGUACUAGAGAGAAUGUAGCGGCAGUGACCCCCGUAACAUUAUGUUGUAAGAUACUGGUGAUGUAUUAUUAAUAUUAUGCAGCUCUGUACUAUUGUAGUGAUAA